AUGUCGGACAAUGUGCUGGUUAUCGGCAGCGGUGGUAGGGAGCAUUGCUUGGCUUGGAAAUUAGCGCAAUCUGAGCACGUCCGGAAAGUAUAUGUCGCUCCUGGGAAUGGCGGUUCUGCUCAAGAGAACAACAAUUCUAUGGACAGAAUCGAGAAUGUUGCUUCGAUAAAUGUUGCUGAUCACUCAACAGUGAAAUCGUUUUGCUCAGAGGCGAAUGUGGAUUUGAUAGUUAUUGGACCUGAAGCCCCUUUAGCAGAGGGCAUUGUGGACUACUUGUCAAAAUGUGACAUUCCAUGUUUUGGUCCAACAAAAGAUGCAGCAAGAAUUGAAACAAGUAAAGUAUUUGCAAAGGAUUUUAUGACAAGACACGGUAUCCCCACUGCACGUUAUCAGUCAUUUACGGAUUGUGAAUCUGCACGCAAGCAUGUCCGCACUGCAGGGUAUUCUGCAUUGGUGGUUAAGGCGAACGGGUUGGCCGGUGGGAAAGGGGUUAUAGUUGCAGAGAACACUGACAAGGCAGAAAAAGCUGUUGUCAAUAUUUUACAGGUAUGGGAUGAAUUUGAAAGCAUACUCAAAAUAUUCAGUGCUUCCUGUAAUACAGGAAGCGCUGAGUAUUUUAACCCUUCAAGUGUAAUGCUUCCUGAUCUGCCAGUUCUUUAUUAUUUUACUCUGUCUAACACCAGAUAAUUUAUUGACAAUAUAACAAGAAUUAAUGUCCAGCCAACAACUGAAAGAAAUGCAAGUUAAACUCAGUUGUAUUUUUAUCAUAGAAUAAUGCUUUUGGCGAAGCUGGAAAUACAAUUCUAAUUGAAGAGAAGCUUGAUGGACGUGAAAUUUCAGUGAGUAUAUAAAUACAGUAUGUGCGUGCAUAUCAAAUUAUAUGCAUUAACAGCACAUGUUGGAUGUUAAUUAAAGUGCCUAUGACAUGAAAUUUCACCCCAAAGGUUUAUGCCAUGGUUGCAUUGUAAAGAUCACUUAAAAUGACUUAGUAAUUUCUUUUAGUAUAGAAACUUGCUCCCUUUGCAAGAUAUUCAACUUUGUUUCAUGUGCAAAUAUCGCGGAUGUGACAUCACAUCGCAUAAUGACAUUUUGAAAACGCAAUAUUUUACCUUGAUAAAAUAUUUUUACAAACAAAUAUAGAGCGUUAGAAAUUAAUACAUAUACAAGGGCAAUUUUUAAGUUUUUUAGAUACGUAUUCGUCAAGAAAACUAUACUUUUGUGAAAACUCAUUAUAUGUGAUGUGAUGUUACACCGGUGAUAUUUGCAUAAUUAAACAAAGUUGAAUAUCUUGAAAAGUGAGCAAGUUACAAAAAUUCUAUAAAAGAAAUUAUUAAGUCAUUUUAAGUGAUCUUUACAAUGCAAUCAUAAACAUUUGGGGUGAAAUUUCGUGUCAUAGGCACUUUAAAUUUAGUCGAUAACAGUUUAAUCUUUUUCAGGUAACUCGGACACCUACACACAACCCCUGCAUAUACAUUACAAUUUGAAUAAACAUUGUGUUCUAACUAGGUGUUGGCAUUUUCUGAUGGCAAAAAUAUUGCAGUCAUGCCUCCUGCUCAAGAUCACAAACAAGCAUACGAUGGGGACCUGGGACCUAACACUGGCGGUAUGGGGGCAUAUGCACCAUGCAAUGAGGUAUGAAACAGAAACCUGAGGUUCUUCAACUGCUAGCCAUGAUUGGUAUUUUGUCACGAGACAUGUUCUUUAAUCUGUAUUCUCAUAUAGAAAUAGCUUUUGACAUUAUUAGUAGAACCAACAAAUGUCAACGGAACUGACUCACAACAUUUUAAAUUUGGUCUGAUUCAAGUCAUGCAACCAUUUUCAUUAUUACAAGCUUUUUUCUUGAACAUUAAGGGCCUGUUUAUUAAUGGAAGCCGGGCUGGCUCGCUUAGCGAGACAGCCCGUAAGCGAGAUCUCGCUGUGUACUUAUUUUUAUAGUAAAAAUUAUCAUGCAUUUAUAUGGACAAGUGGGCUGUCCCGGUUGCUGAGAUCUCGCUUGAAAGAGGCGAGAUCUCUCUUACCGGGAUGGAAAUUUCUCCAUAUAAACACUCACAAGCGGGCUAGCCCGGUUGCCGGGAUGAAAGUUAAGUUCAAAGAUACCGCUGCAAGCUAUUUUUAACAACUGUCAAAACAACAUCUAUGUAACAAAAUUGUCCCGGCAAGCGGAAUGAAAUUUUCUCAUAUAAACACAAGAGAAAUUCAUCUCACCGGGCUGUCUCGCUAAGCAGAGCCAUAUAAACAGACCCUAAGCUUUAAAACAAUGCUAUUUUAAAAACCUCUUUGCCAGUUCACCACUGGCUGCAGGCCUAAAAUUGCAUGUUCUCUCGUCAGCUUUCAGAAGCACAGUUACAGCACAUUGUGGACAAUGUUCUUCAAAAAGCUGUGGAUGGAAUGAAUCAAGAUGGAUGCCCGUUUGUGGGUGUUCUCUUUGCUGGAAUCAUGCUUACGUCUCAAGGACCUAAAUGUCUUGAGUUUAACUGUCGUUUUGGUGAUCCAGGUAAUGGAACUAGGAAGUGCAACAUACAUAAGGGACACAACUACCUAAAAAAUAUAACCAGAACUUUGGUGUUUUGAGCGGAGGCCCUUUGUCUGGAAAUUAGUAGCAUGAACUACUUCACUUCAUGCUACUAACUCAAUGAUGAAGGGCCUUCACUUGAAACGUCGAUGUUCUGGGGACACUGUUGUUGUUUUUUUCUUUGAGUUUCAUUAGUUUAAAGCCGAAAAAAUCAGCAGCCAUAUUGAAACUUCAUAGUUACCAUGGCCUGAUGGUUGUGACAUCAUUCUUGGUAAAAAUUUCAUACUCUUGGAUAGUAUUUUCUAUAACUCAGAUGCUAGCUUUUCAACGAGUAACAAUUGUUCAGGAACACACAAUUUUAUAGCUAUAAGGACAACAUUUGAAACACAGCAUCUGGAAUGUCUUGCAUGACUGAAUGUGACAUCCAAUAUCAUGACAUGAAUGUAAACAUACGUAAUAUCCUAAAACGAUUCUAUAGAAACACAAGUCAUUCUUCCCUUGAUGAAGUCAGACCUUUAUGCUACCAUUAUGGAAGCAGUCAGUGGCGAUCUCUCAGCGGCCAUACCAUUGUGGCAUCAAGACAGAGCUGCUGUAGGUGUGGUCAUGGCCAGCGGUGGUUACCCUGGUUCAUAUGAAAAAGGAUACCCUGUCAAUGGCACAGAAAAGUUUAAGGUAACAAUAGUUGCACCGGAGUAAAAUCACUUGAUGAAAAGAUCUCUAAAUGUCCCAACUUAAAAUCAACAAUGGUCUCUAUGUAGCUUAACAUAUCAACAUUCUGACGGCUGAGGUAUUGGGAAUGCCCGAUUGAAACUCUUGUAUAUACACACAAUGCACGAUGCCAAAUUCACAAACAGCAAGCUUUAUAGAUAUGAUUGUAGGGCAAAGUUGACUGACUCAUCUAGGAAUGAUAGUAUUGAUAUUCGCUAGAUGGCAAGACCUUUGCGAAUUGUAGCAGUAAGAUGGACUAAGAUCUAUCUUCAGUUAGGCUAAUAUAGGCAGCGGUCUCAUUUAACAUUGACUAGAGACAAUAUUAUGACCGUUUGAAUCACUCCCUGUUUUCAUGUAAACAAGACCAUAGAGGCAACAAUAUGAACAUAGCCGAAUCUUCCAGCUUUUAUUUCGUCCCUGUCUCAUGUAAACCAGGUGUAAAUUUAACUAAUUUUAAAUUUUAACUAGGAAAGUGAAGAUAUCGUUGUUUUCCAAGCCGGGACAAGAUUUGAUUCAGAUAGUAAGCAACUUGUGACAGCCGGAGGCAGAGUUCUGUGUACCGUGGCUGUGUCAAGCACUCUUCAAGAUGCACAAAGGAAAGCGUACGAAGCUGUACAACAAAUUUCUUUUGAAAAUGCUCAUUAUAGAAAAGAUAUUGCUGAUAAGGCUUUGAGGUUUGUGGAGUAUAAAUCACUACAUGAGGAAUAAUAAUAAUUUCUAAAAUCCCACUGACUGUUUUUCGUACCAUCCACUAAUCCAGUCACUCUUACGAAUCCUUGAUCAAGCAAGGGUGGGAGUUGGCAAGAGAGUUUGCAUGAGUUUUCUCAACUCUCGAUGCCUCAGUCAAGCGCGAACAAUAGUUACAUAAGAGUUGACUGGAGUUGAUUAGAAAUGUUCUCUUGUUCAAUUUUAAGAAUGAUGUAUUUUUCUUUGAUUUUAAUUAAACUUCAUGUAGAAAAUCCGCAAUGACGUACUCUGUGGCAGGUGUUAAUAUGGACAGUGGAAAUCGAUUGGUUGAGCAAAUUAAGCCGCUGGCGAGGGCUACUCUACGUGCAGGGUGUUUAGGGGAUCUUGGAGGGUUUGGUGGAAUGUUUGAUUUAAAAGCGAUUGGAUAUAAGGAUCCUAUUUUGGUCAGCGGAACUGACGGAGUUGGUACUAAACUGAAGGUAGUUUGAAAAAUUAGGACUUAUAGCUGUAACAUUUAUAUAUUGAAUAGCAGAUAAACCUGAUGAUAGUUUUUACUAUAGGUAGAAUUCUAUAACUUUUCAUUGCACCUUUUCAGAUUGCUCAAAGCUGUAGUUUACAUUCAACGGUCGGUAUUGACCUGGUAGCAAUGUGUGUGAAUGAUAUCUUGGCUCAUGGUGCAGAACCGUUGUUUUUUCUCGACUAUUUUGCUACUGGUAAACUGGACGUUUCCGUAGCCAAAGAAGUCAUUGAAGGUGUUGCCAGUGGGUGCAAAAUGGCCGAGUGUGCUCUCCUAGGAGGUAAUGAUAUAACUAAACUAACUUUAUUUAUACUGGAUAGCUCUAUCAGUUCUAAACUGUUCUUCCUAGAGGUCCAGUAAGGAUCAUCUCUUACUGAUCCAGUGGUACUACAGGAGGAAACCUGCACUAAAUUAACUUUAUUUAUACUGGAUAGCUCUACAAGUUCUAAACUGUCCUUACUAGAGAUUCAUUAAGAGUCUUGUUGUCAGAGGCGGAUCUAGCCUCAUCUGCAAGGAGGGGUGCAGGUUUUCUAUGGGGUGGUGCAUGAGGGAGCCUUACUGCCCACUCUCCUCUGCAGUCUGCAACGCUACUAUCCCAAUAAUUCUAUUAUUUAAGAUGGCCGAAUCUGCAUGUUCGCCGUUCUGUUACGUUUUAUCAUUAUAUUUUGUCUAUCAAGUUUAUAUAUCGGCUUUUUAUCACGUAUGCGUGACUGGACAGUUGCUGUGGCACAGUAUAGUAAAGAAUUUUGUUUAUUGAAGGCGAGACCGCAGAAAUGCCGGGGAUGUACGCGUCAGGUGAAUACGACCUGGCUGGAUUUGCUGUCGGAGCAGUUGAACGUUCUAAGAUGCUUCCACAGAAAGACAACAUCACGCCUGGCGAUGUCGUCAUUGGUCUGGCUUCCUCAGGUAAAAUAAUUGAACCCCUGGCAGGAACACUGUAUAUAACAGGUUAAGUAUACUUCUUACACACACGUACCAAGUAAAAAUAACUGCCAUUAAAUAAUUUUCUGGGUACACAAGUUUACCUUCUUCACCAAAAACUAGCCCUUCCACAUUAUCUGUACUCUGUGCCCCGGCCUUGAUCAGACAUGGAUUUUAUGAUGGCAACAUGCAAAAGGGACCCUCGGUCACGUUUGAGCUGGGUCUUUUGCAAUUCAGCACUCGGGUAGAAGGGAAGAUGAUUAUAGCAUCCUCUAUCUUUACCGUUAGGUCUACAUAGCAACGGCUACAGUUUGGUUCGGAAAGUUCUAGAGGUUCAUGGCUUGGCCUUUGAUUCACCAUGCCCCUUUGAUAAAGCCAGAAGUUUUGGCGAGGUAUUGCUGACCCCAACCAGAAUUUAUGUGAAGAGUUUGUUGCCACUUAUGAAAGCUGGAAAUGUGAAAGCUUUUGUUCAUGUCACAGGUAUGAUGUAUUUUCCUAGCUCUAUCGGUUCUAAACCGUUCAAUCUAGACUAGAAGUACAGAAAGGACCUUCCCUUGGUAGUCAUGCGAGUAAACCUGAGCUUAUUGUAGAUUAUUAACAACCAGCCCUAUGUUUGAGAUAUCUUUUUUCAGGUAGUUCAGACAAAAUCACGGCGGAUUAUUGUAGAAUACUACCUAUAGUGGUCCCCAUUGUUUGAGAUAUCUUUUUCACGUAGUUCAGACACAAACCACGGCAGUUUAUUGUAGAAUACUACCUACACUGGACCACCGCGUUUCAGAUAUCUUUUUCAGGUAGUUCAGACACAAACCACAGCAGCUUUAUAGUAUAGAAAUUAUACAACCUACACUUGGAUUCCCACAAGAAUUGGUCAAGAGUCACGGAGGUGAUGGACACAUGCGAUAACCCCUGCGCUAUUUUACUCGUUACCAUUUCAGGUGGAGGAUUGUUAGAGAACAUCCCUCGAGUACUACCUGAAUGUUUGGGUGUGAGCCUGAAUGCGGGUUUAUGGAACAUCCCGUCCGUUUUCGGGUGGAUCAGUCAGGCGGGUAACAUCGAGCCAAAUGAAAUGCUGCGUACAUUCAACUGUGGCUUAGGUGCCGUUCUAAUAUGCGCGAACGAAGACUCGCUGACAGUUCUGAAACAUUUACAAGACCAUUCCGAACAGGCGAGCAUUAUUGGUGUAGUUCAAGAAAGUUCUGUGGCGGUCAUGGUGGAUGCUUUCUCGGAAAAGCUGCGUGAAAGUUGUGCGCAAAGCAUGAUGGUUAAUGGUGUAUGUCAGAAGAAGCGAAGUCGUGUCGGAGUGCUGAUCUCGGGAUCUGGGACUAAUCUUCAGGCCCUUAUCAAUCACGCGGCCAAGCCAGGAAGCUCGGCGGAAAUCGUGCUCGUCAUAUCUAAUGUCGAGGGUGUUCAAGGCUUGACGCGCGCUGAGAAUGCUGGGAUACCGACUGUCGUAAGCAUUUUUUUGGUUCUUGUUUUAUUAAUAGUAGGUGGAAUACAAUAACUUCACGGUUAUAAUGCAUAGUCUUUAUACUAAAUCACUCUGUUUUAUAAACUAUUCUCCCUAGAAAUUUAGUAUAAGGCUCUUGUCUUAUUAGUCACAGUUUUACUACGGGAGAAAACCUAACUUCAUUUAUACUGGAUAGGUCUAUCAGUUGCAUGUAGACUGUUCUGUCUAUAGCUAGAGAUUUAGUAAAGGACAUCCUCUCUUGUUCAGUUUUACUACAGGAAGAAACCUAAAUUAAACUAACUUCAUUUAUACUGGAUAGCUCUGUCAGUUCUAAACUGUUCUCCUUAGAAAUCCCGUAUGUACUCUCCCUAAUGGUCUAACCACUUUUUAUGCUAUCCUUCUCUACAGGUAAUAAACCACAAGAAUUUCUCCUCACGCGCAGACUUUGACAUGGCUCUCGACACAGCUCUGCAGAAAUCUGACGUAGAGUUUGUAUGUUUGGCUGGCUUUAUGAGAAUUUUGACCGGGGGGUUCGUGAACAAGUGGCGUGGUAAAAUGCUGAACACCCACCCGUCUUUGUUGCCGUCCUUCAAAGGGAUGCACGCACAUAGGGAUGUCUUAAAGGCUGGGGUCAAAGUUAGCGGCUGUAGCGUACAUUUUGUCGCGGUAAGUAACUCAGUACUCUUACUGGAUAGCUCUAUUUCUUCUAGACUGUUCUCUUUAGAUGUCUGCAGUAAAGGCCGUCUGGUAUUGAUCCAGUGUUACUACAGAAGGAAACCUGAACUAAACUAACUUUAUUUAUACUCGUAUACUGGGUGGCUCUAUCUGUAAACUGUUCUCCCUAUAGUCCUUAUUGAUCUGGACCAGUGUUACUGCAGGAAGAAACCCAAAUAAACAUUUAUGUUUGAUAGGUCUAUGACAUCAGUUCUAAACUGUUAUUUGUGGAAGCCUAAUAAGGGUAAUCCCUUACCAGAAACCUAAAUUAAAAUAACUUUAAUUUGCUUGCAUAGAUAACUCCUAGUUAAUCUAGUCUUCCUAGAGGUCUGGUAAGCUUUUCACUUUGUGAACUAGUGUAAAGGCCCAUUUCCACUCUAGAAAAUUUCCCCAAAUUUCGUGUUACAGGCCUUUACGUUACUUUGUGAACUAGUGUAAAGGCCCAUUUCCACUCUAGAAAAUUUCCCCAAAUUUCGUGUUACAGGAAGAGGUCGAUGCCGGUGCCAUUGUAGCUCAGGAAGCUGUUCCAGUCCUGCCAAAUGACACGGUCGAAAGCCUUCAAGAACGAGUAAAGAAAGCUGAACACAUCUGUUUCCCUAAAGCGAUGGAAUUAUUAGCAAGCGGGCAGAUCAUUCUUGGAAAUGACGGUCGAGUACAGUAUGCGUGGUAG